CCAAUCCAGAAAUCAACACAGUCGAAUUUGCUUCGCUUGAGUACGUGGUACAAGAAUAAAAGAAAAAUGAAGUUUAUUAUAUUUUUGAGUGCAGUGGCUGUAGUGAGCUCAGUUCCAGUGUCUCAAGAAGAUUCAGUGUUUCGUUUGGUUGCUCAAAAUUUUGUGAAUUGCAUGAACAGUGAUUUGAAUGUGUGCUUAAAGGAACACGCACUCAAGGCUGCAGAGCGACUUGGUACCGUCCGUAAAUUGAAUAUCAUUGACGGUGUUACUCUUUACAACAAUGGACCUAAAGAAGCCAGGAGUUUUGAAGCUCUUUCAAGCGACCCAGAAGCUAGAAACAAACAGCUGACUGAACGUCUUUGGGACAGCACAUCUGAUCUGCUUCAAAAAAGCGAAUUGGAAUUUAGCUUUGCUGGCUCAGACGACGACGAGGAUGAUGAAUCUAGGUCCUUCAAUGAAGCUGAAGAAGGCCGUGGCAAGAAGAAGAAGCAACUGAAAAAGAAACUCAAACUUCUGAUCCCUCUCGCAAUCUUAGCUAAAGCCAAAGCUAUCGCUCUCGUUGUAAUAGCCCUCUUAGUUAUCGCUGCAUCUGUCUUCAAAAUUGCCCUUUUGGCUAAGAUAGCCUUCAUUGCGAAGGUGAUUGCUAUAGUCAAGGCCCUUCUAGCCAAAAAGCAUGCUCAAGAAGAGCACGGAUGGGUAGCUCAUGAAGAACAUGGUCAUCCAUCUGCCGGAUGGGAAGGAGGCUGGUCCCGGUCAAGGAACGAAGCCAAUAGCUUGGCUUACUCCGCAUACCAACAGUAAUUAGUUUUAAGUUAAUGAAAAAUCUCUAUUUAUUAUGAAUGAUAAUUUAUUAGUGUGAGUGUAUACGACGUCUCGUGUUUUGUUUGUUUUUGCCUAUUAUUUAUUUCUUAAUUAUUUUAUUUACUUUUCUGAUAUUUUUAUAUGUAUAUAUGUGAUAUUAUUUUAUAUUUUUUUACCUGUUACGUUAUUUAUAUGUAGUUAAAUGUUUA